UUCAUUCAUUUGCAUCGAUAUAAACCAAAAGAAAAAGAGAAAAAGAGCAUCAUAUGUUUGACUCUCUACCCCUUUCAUUAGAAUAAGAAUAAGAAUUUCCAACCAUUUUCUCUUCUUCUAUAUCUUCCUUCCUUUAUUUAUCUUCUCCUUCCUCUCUCUCUAUUCACUUUUUCUCUCUGUUGUAAACAUGGCUGUAGAGUUAAUGACUAGUGGUUAUAGCAGAAGGGAUAGUUUUUCAACCAAAAUGGAAGAAAACGCCGUACAAGAAGCAGCCACAGCUGGGCUACAAAGCGUUGAGAAACUAAUCCGUUUGCUUUCUCAAUCUCAUCAAAACCAACAACAACAACAACAAAAAUUAGAUCAAAAUCCCUCUGUUUCUGCUGAUUACACAGCUGUAGCUGAUGUUGCUGUUAACAAAUUCAAAAAGUUCAUUUCUUUACUUGACAAAAACAGAACUGGUCAUGCCAGAUUUCGUAAAGGUCCAAUUUCUACUCCUCUUCCUCCUCCUCCUAAACCCCAGCAACAAAGAUUAAAUCAAAACUCUAUCAAAAAUCAGAACCUUCAAAUAGAAGAAACCGAAAAGCCACAAAUAAAUACUCCCAAAAUUUACUGUCCUACACCUAUUCAACGUCUACCUCCUUUACCGCAUAACCAUCUUCAAUUGGUCAAAAAUGGGUCGAUUGAGAGAAAAGAAUCAUCUACGACUAUUAAUUUUGCUUCUGCAUCUCCGGCGAAUUCGUUCAUGUCAUCUUUAACAGGAGAAACAGAGAGUUUGCAACAGUCUUUGUCUUCUGGUUUUCAAAUAACAAAUCUCUCUACUGUUUCAUCUGCCGGUCGGCCGCCGCUUUCUACUUCUUCAUUUAAAAGAAAGUGUAGUUCUAUGGACGAUACUGCCCUUAAGUGUAACAGCGCUGGUGGUUCCUCUGGUCGUUGCCACUGCCCAAAGAAAAGGAAAUCAAGAGUCAAAAGAGUGGUGAGAGUCCCAGCUAUAAGCAUGAAAAUGGCUGAUAUUCCACCUGAUGAUUAUUCUUGGAGAAAAUAUGGCCAAAAGCCAAUUAAAGGCUCUCCUCAUCCUAGGGGAUAUUACAAAUGUAGUAGUGUAAGAGGAUGUCCAGCACGUAAACAUGUGGAGAGAGCACUAGAUGAUCCAACUAUGUUAAUUGUUACAUAUGAAGGAGAACACAAUCAUUCCCAUUCAAUUACAGAAUCACCAGCUGCUCAUGUCCUUGAAUCUUCUUAAUCUCAACGGCUCAGAUCUUAUUUGGAUUUGUGAAGACUAAAUCAGCACCGUUGAAAGCUUAAUGCAAAAGAUCAAAUGGUCAACGCCUAGAGGAAAAUGAAAAGGAAGAGGCAACAUUUGUUUAUUUUUGUUUCUCUAUGUAAUUGUCGUUGAAAACUUUUGAUUUUGCGUGGAAAAUGAAAAGAAGAGAUAGAGAGCAAAUUGUGGAUUUGGUGGGAAUUGAAUCAAUGCAACAUAGUGGGUACUUUUCCAUUUUC